GUGACCUGAGAGAUGCCGGACGACUGGAAGAAGGACGCGUACCCUGAGCCCCCUAACCGGACCCCGGCUGCGGACAAACAGACCGCGCUCCCCAACCCGGCCGUUAUCGUCGGGAAGCUCUUUAACUAUGCGGUGGAUGCUCCGGUCACGCUGUUCCACGACUGGGUCGAGAGGCAGCGGUUAAAGAACAAGUAUAAUUAUUAUCACCGGGAAUAUCGCCGCGUCCCCUACCUGACGGAGUGUGAAGUCGGAGACUAUCUCUGCUAUUAUGAAGCUGAAAUGCAGUGGAAAAGGGAUUACAAAGUGGAUCAGGAGAUUGUGAAGGUCCUGCAGGAGAGAAUGAGAGCGUGUCAGCAGAGAGAGGGUCACAGCUACAUACAGAAUUGUGCCAAGGAGGUCGCCCAGUUCACUGAAGCUGCCAAGGGCUACCAGUCUAGAUAUGGUGAUCUCGGUGCUUAUGGCAACGCUCGGAAAUGUCUGAUGAAGCAGAAACACCGAAUGAUUUCAGAAAGAAAAGCAGAGGCUCAGGACUCGUAAGCCUUGAACCCUACAGCACUUGCCCUGCGUCUCUCUGAUACCAGUCUGUAUAAUAAACUCUCUAUUAGAACUUG